ACAGAUGAGGAAACGGAAGCUGAUCGGUUAAGUGAGGGUCCGACGCUCUAAGCGCUACUGGUGGACCGAGUCACCUGGUCAUAGCCCCCCGGAAAGGCGCCAUAAGCAUUCCAGUAAGUGAAAAGAAGGGAGAGGGGACAUUCUUGCCAGGGUUCAGGGGGAACAAAAACGCUUCGGAAGCGCGCAGGACUCUGGUGCCUCGUAGUUGUAGUGUGCACAGGAGACGCUAAAUAAGGCUGGAAAAGUGCUGACUGUGGAGUUUUGAAUAUUUCAGAAUUUUACAGGGAAGGUACUACGGAACCAUUGAAGAUUUUAGGGGAGCAGCGGGAGGGAUUCUUCUGCACAUAGGAGCUCCUCUUACACUUUAAUGGACAUGAAUUUCGUCGAUGGCCGCAUCAAAGACGCUCUUAGAGCGCUUUCCGCCGGGGCUCCUCUAGCAACCUCGGCGCUCUCCCGCCCAGAUUUGGGGUGGGUCGCAAUCCGCGGGGAAAACAGCUGGUGCCCAGGGUUGCGAGGGCCACGCGGGGCUCGGCUCGCUCCUCCCACCGCGUCCCCACCGGCCUCCCGCAGGAAGGGGAGGGGAGGGAAGGAAGGAAGGGAGGAAGGGAGGAAGAGAGGCGCGCAGAGGGCGAGGGCGAGGGCGAGGACGAGGACGAGGACGAGGGCGUAGGGCGGCCGCACAGCUUGGACUCUUGGGCGCGAGCGGCCGCAUCUUUAGCGCCCCCGCUGGAGAGCCCGAGAAGACACCCAUUCACCCUCGGAGAGGCCGGCGGUGAAGGUGACCGGGCCACAGGGUGGGGCCGGAGGCGGAACCCGUGACGCAGUACGGCUAUGGCCAGCAUCUGGGCUAAGCUGCGGAUCUUGGAGGGCCGGACACUGGCUGAAGAGCUAAGAUGGAGCCAGACCCGAAUGUUCUUCUCUUGGCUGGGGAAGUGGAUUCCAAGAAAGAAGCCACUGAUUGCUCAGAAAACUCCCAUCAAAGUAGAGCUGAAAGGAGGAAAAAGAUAUAAGUGGUGUGUUUGUGGCCGAAGUAAGAACCAGCCCUUCUGUGAUGGCUCCCACCUCUUCCAGGGAACGGGCCUGUUCCCCCUCUGGUUCAAAGUUAAAGAAAACCGUACAGUGUCUCUUUGCACCUGCAAGGCCACGCAGAAACCCCCGUAUUGUGAUGGCACUCACAAGAGUCAGAAAAUACAGUGUGCUCAAGUGGGCUCCCCACUCUGAUCAGUAUGUCACCCUGAAGGCCUUGGGUUUGGGCUAGGAAUAGCUCUUGUGACAUGGGAGCCUUCUUCCCAGGCACCUUGGAGGACUUGCCCAUUUCUGAGGACCCCAAUGCCACACUGCUCCAUCCUCCCAAGACCCUGAUGUUGUUCCACAUCUGGAUCUGGACUCUGCACGUAUCUCCUCCAAAGGUAGGAGAUGGUGGGUGUCUCCCCCUGGAUUUGAUAUCCUGACCUGGUGGUCAGAGUGUAAGGGUCCCUGGUCCUUUCCCCCACAGCCUGGGACCUAGGAGCAGGAAUUCAUUCCCAUCUGGCACCAUUAAAAAUACCUAGUAAUGGUUUUUCUCAA